AUGGGCGCCGAUCACCCAGCUUUCACACUAGCCGGCCUAUUGGCUGUCGGCGGAACGAUGGGAUAUGUCAAAGGUGGCUCAAGACCCUCACUCAUUGCAGGCGUCGGAUUGGGCGCCUCAUAUGGCCUAGCUGGCUACCUUCUCAAGGAGAACAAGGAUUACGGCUCAGAGCUCGCGCUCGGCAGCAGUGUCACCCUACUCGGUGCAGCAACAAGCAGAUGUAUCAAGACCAAGUUCAGGGCCCCUGUGCCGCUUGGUCUCUUCGCCACAGGUGGCCUGGCCACUUGGUACUUCUUCAAGAAGUUCAGGGAAUUCAAUUACGGCGUGUAA